AGCCCUCGUCAGUGUAAACAGAGCGCAGAGCUCCGGGGGGCGGCCCACUCCUUCCGACAGCUAAACAAGCUGGAGCCAACAGAAUGGCGCUGCCAGGGGCCACAGGGACCCAUGUGUGCAGGUGGAACCUACGCCCGGCGCUAUAGAUGCUGCCCCUGCGGAGUGGGAACCCCCAGUUCCUGAGCGGAAGUUCCUGGAAUGGAUCAUAGGGAUCUGGCUAUGUUAGCACUGGCCCCUAAUGUGGAAAUUGCCAGCAGGAGGGACGCCCCCCAGGAGCCGAGCAGCACCCAGUCAGAGGCCCAGCAGUGCCCGGGCGAUGGCGCCGACCCCCAGCAAUUCUCCGUCACACACACCAUUUUCUCCGAGGGGCAUUUUAAGCUGAAAAUUGGACUUCAAGCCAAGAGGACUAAAAAGCCCCCAAAGAACCUGGAAAAUUACGUGUGCCGUCCGGCUAUAAAGACCAGCAAUAAAUGCACCCGCAAACUGCCCCCCAAGGGUGGCAACUUACCUGAGGAGAAGAGGGAUGGCCUCCCCCCUAAACAGGACCCAGCCACAACUCCCAGCAGGAAGGCCGCCGAGGAUUCUCCCGAGUCGGAAUGUUUACAUCGGAGUAAAGAGCAAGAGAAAGUUUCUGUAGCUCCCAAUUCAGCACCUUUGCCCACAGAUGUUCAUGCUCAGCCGGACACACCGCCCAGGCCCAGAGCGCUGGGACCCAGCUCGGCAAGCAGCGUCACUGAGAAGCUUGCCCAGCUCAUAGCGACAUGCCCUCCCGCAAAGUCUUCCAAGAGCAGAGUGAAGAAGCAGGCCAACGCAGGCCCAAACGGUACCCCUAGCAAGGAGCUUGGUGCCGCAUCAGCCUACGAGCCGGCCUCCGACAGUACCAAGCCUCCCAACGCCAGUACCAGCACCUUCUGCUCCGAGGACAAGGAAAAGCAGCCGGUGCCUGGCAGACAGGGCAACGGGGCAAUAGACAAGGGCAACCAACGGCAGGCUCAGGAGGGACUAAAGGAAAAAUUGUCUGCCAUGAAUGAGCUUGGCGACAGUAGCUCCACCCCACAAGGGGGAGUGUCCCUGGGAGAGAAAGGACUUCCCGACACAAACCUGCAGGAAAAGAUGCUUCCUGUAUAUUGCACUUCAUUGGACUUCAGAAUGGGAGGGGCAUCAGAUGCCUCGACAGCUAAGUCGCCAUUCAGCGCGGUCGGCGAGGGAAACCUGCCGUCUCCGGCACCGGCGACCUCUGUCACCUCCUUCAGCAGGAGCCCAAAUGGGACCUUUCCUCACUCCCCCAGUUCCUCAUUGCACUUAAACCCAGUCUCAGCGGAAUGUAGUGACCAGCCGACUGAUAAAAGUCCCUUUGCCUCGGACAAUCUGCCUGGCACCCGAGGGCAUCCGACGGCUCCCCACAGCCUGGACUCGGAUACGGUACGUAGCAAUAAGCGAUCAGAGGAAUAUAGCGGCGCCCACAGUGAGAAGAUGAGUAGAACUCAUUUGCCCUCCACCCUCCGGAUGCCACCCAAACAGCCCAGCAGCCACAAGUCGGAACCUUCUGUCGUCAGCUUUGCCAGUUUGCUAAGGAAACAGCGCCAACUGAAGAUCAGCAGCAUGGCGGGGGCAGCAGCGGAGAGGCACUUCAGCUCUUCCCAAGCCACGAGCCACCAGGCCAAAUGCCUAAAGAAAAGGAAAGGGAAAAAACCCAAGUGGACCAAGGUUGUGAGUAAAAGCACCGGUCAGUGUGCCAAGCUGGGCCAGCUGCCUGAGCAGGAGAGCCUUGCCAGGGGCAUUGGGAGGGCACCAUUACUGGCACACACAAGCAAGGGUAGCAUCCCCUCGGCUAGCCACAAACCCACACACAAACUGUACGAGUCCCAUCGGACCUACUCCUCGCUGUGCGCUUCUAGGGAUCUCUUUCAUAAAAGCAAGAAAUGCAGAAGCCAGGACAUGCCGCAUUUAGAUGUGCCACCCAAAUGGGCCCUACAGAUUUCCCCUUCCAAACUCAUCUCUUCCCAGUCCAAAGAAGAGCCGGGGCCCCCAAUCCUGCAGCCCGAGGUGGAGAUCCCUCCCGCUCAAGUCAGCCAAUCGGGGCAGCUCUUUCCUAAGAAGCGAGGAAGGCCCAGAAGGCAGCUAGCUCCGCCGGUUCUGAAGCCUCCGUGUGGACUUUCUCUUGCCCCUAAUGAAUCCAUCGGUGUGGAGGCAUCGGGCGCUGGAUGCGGUGCCAACAUGGAUCCCUUCGGAGAGGAGCCUCACAGGGCGAGUGAUCAGUGCCCGGAAUCGGGCAGGAAAGCGCUAAAUAGGGGUAAUGGGCAGCUCGUCAAGACAAUUAUCCGUAAGAUCAAUAAGAUGAAAACGAUCAAGAGGAGAAAGCUGGUGAGCCAGAUUCUGUCCGGCGGCACAGAGCCGAGCGCCCAGGUCCAGCCCAGACUGCAAGGUUCUGUCUCCAGCCUCGCCGCCACUUUCAGUUCAAAGUUAGGGCAGCAAAUAAACGUCAGCAAGAAAGGAACCAUUUACAUAGGAAAGCGAAGGGGCAGGAAGCCCAAGGUGGCUCCACUCGACUGCCUCCUAGCAAAGAACUCCACUUGCCCUCCGUCCCUAUUGGAAAGUCUAGGGCAACCACUGGCCGCUUCCACCAUUCAGCCUUCCGCAGCCUCAUGUGCUGAGGUUCUCCCGUCUCCCAGCAGCUGCCAUUUAUCUGCUACAAGCGGAGCCCUGAGCCCGGUCAGUAGCGACGCCAGCUUUGUGGAGCCGAGCUCCUUGUCCUACCUGCACAUGCACUCGGCCCGGCACAACUCGGCUCUCCAAACACUGGCCAUGAGGAAAGCCGCCAAAGAUGGCCGCCAGCUCUCCCCCCCGACCUUGCUGCCCAACUCCCCGGCCCAUAUCAGCGAGCUGUCCUCCUUAAAAGAGGCCACACCCUCCCCAAUUAGUGAAUCUCACAGCGACGAGACCAUCCCGAGCGACAGCGGCAUCGGGACGGACAACAACAGCACGUCGGACCGGGCGGAGAAGUUGUGCGGGCAGAAGAGGAGGCGGCACUCGUUCGAACACAUGCCCCUCAUGCCCGUGGAACCCUCCGUGCUGCUCAGCUCCCUGAAGGAGAAACACAAGCACAAAUGCAAGCACAGGGGCCACGAUUUCCUCUCUUACGACAAAAUCAAAAGGCAAAAGAGGAAGCGGAAAAAGAAGUACCCCCAGCUGCGUGUCCAUCAGGAUCCCGACUUCCUGGCUGAGCUGGAGGAACUCAUCGGCCGCUUGAGUGACGUCCGAAUCACCCACCGCACUCACCAUUUCAUCCCCCGGGAUCUCCUGCCCACCAUCUUCCGCCUGAACUUCAACAACUUCUACAGUCACCCGACUUUCCCCCUGGAACCGUUGCACUACAUCCGCAAACCCAACCUCAAGAAGAAGAGAGGUCGGCCUCCUAAACUGCGGGAGACCAUUGGUGAAAUGCCCUUUAUGCACAGCCUCGGCUUUCCCCUCUCCGGCACCGGCUUCUACCCCUCCUAUGGGAUGCCUUAUUCUCCCUCGCCUCUCACGCCCCCUCCUAUUGGUCUAAGUUAUUAUGGAAGGUACCCGCCUACAAUCUAUCCUCCGCCCCCUUCCCCCUCAUUUACUACCCCGCUGCCCCCUCCCUCCUACAUGCACCAUGCAGGCCAUUUGCUCCUCAACCCUGCCAAGUACCAUAAGAAGAAACACAAGUUGCUGCGCCAGGAGGCUUUCCUGGGCACCGGCAGGGCGCCGCUCCUGUCCAUGGGCACUUACCCUAGCGUUCCCCCAGAGAUGGCAUACAGCUGGAUGUUUGAGCACAAACACCGGCACCGGCACAAACACCGUGAGCACCGAUUGCCCGACCAGGCACAGCUCUCCAUCGACCCCCUGACAGGAGUGAGCUCUUCCAGGUCUGUUCUGGAGUCGCUAAAGCGCUACAGAUUUGGCAAAGACUCUGCCAGCGACAGGUAUAAACAUAAGGAUAAACACAGGUGCCACCUGGCCUGCCCGCACCUCUCCCCUUCCCAGGGAUUAUUGAGCAGAGAUGAACAUUGGGCACGGAGGGAUUCCCCAGAGACCCACUCCCUUUCCCUGGGGCUGCACAGCCCCUUACAGAUAGACUGUUCUGACAGCUCCCCAGGACGCUCUAUUGGAGGCUUCACCCCCAGCUCGGAGCAAGCGAGCAGUGACGAGCACACUAACCUCUUCACAAGUGCAAUAGGGAACUGCCGGCCCAGCGGCUCAGUGAGCGGCCCUGUCGGACGCAAAGCACUUAACGAGAACUCGCCCUUUUUCAUGGACAGCACUCUAAGCAGAUCUCUGAGAAAGGAGCCACCCAGUGACAGACUAGCCCAGGCCCUAUCAGUCCCCCAGGAGAGGAGCCUGAGGCAGUCAGACAGAUCCAGCUGUAGCCCGUCCCGGAGAAGGACCCCAUCAGAGAGCCCCUCCCCUGCACUGAUGGGCGUGGGGGCACGAGGUACGAGGAUGGGUUCCUUGGGGGACGACUCAGCGGAGCCUUUUGUUCAGCGCAUUGUACAUAACGAGAAGCCAGACACCCUAGAGAAGAGCGUGGGGGUGCAGUGUCCCAUUGGCAGUGUCCCAGCUUCUGGCGGCUCCUCUAGGGGCCACAGCAGAGAGAGAUCCCAGGAGAACCGGAACCCAACAGCUUCUAUAGAGUCCUACAAUGGCCCAGGGCCAGCGUCCAGCAGGCAAGUAGGGUCCGGUUGCUCCAGUCAGCAGCUGAAGCGCAGCAUGGUGGAGGCCAUACACAAGAGGGCCCGCAGAAUGUACAGCUAUGACCGGAUCCUAGCCAGCAAGAAGAACCUGGACCAUGUCAAUAAGAUUCUGAAGGCCAAGAAGCUGCAGAGACAGUCCCGGACCGGUAACAACUUUGUGAAGAGGAGACCAGGGAGACCCAGGAAAUACCCUGUGGAUUCCCUACAGGCUGCUCAGCUCUUCCCCAUUAUGAGGUCCGACACCGUCACCGAUGUCAUCGAGGCUGUGGUACAGAGCGUCAGCCUUAGGGACGAGCAGCACAAGGGCUGGAAGAGGAAACACUUGGAAUUGGACAAACAAGUGAAGAAAAGGCCAAAAUCCCUGUAUGAGGACGAUCAGGAGAGUAACAUCAGCCUCUCUGAGUGUGCCAUCGUAGAGGCUCCGGCAGCCCCUGAUAUCAGCGGGAACCCAGAGGUGGAACGUGCCGGGGACCUACUACACACUAUGGCGCCCCCUCCGCAGAAACAGAAGAAAGCUCCUCGACCUCCUAAGAAGAAAUAUCAGAAAGCCGGCCUGUUCUCUGACAUGUACAAGACUCUGGAUCCUAAGAGCCGCCUCGUGCAGCUGAAGAAGGAGAAACUUGAGUAUGAUCCACGAGAACAUGAGUAUGGCCUGCUGCCAGCCCCUAUCCAUAUUGGGAAGUAUCUGAGGCAGAAGAGGAAUGACUUCCAACUGCCCUACGACAUCCUGUGGCAAUGGAAACAUAAUCAGUUGUACAAGAAGCCCGACGUCCCAUUGUACAAGAAGAUACGUUCCAACGUGUACGUGGACGUGAAACCCCUGUCGGGCUAUGAAGCGACUAUGUGCAACUGUAAGUGUCCAGACAACCAGUCAGAGAAGGGCUGUGUGGAGGACUGUCUGAAUCGGAUGAUAUUUGCGGAGUGCUCCCCCAAUACUUGCCCAUGUGGGGAGCAGUGCAACAACCAGUGCAUACAGAGGCACGAAUGGGUACAGUGCUUGGAACGCUUCCGCGCCGAGGGCAAAGGCUGGGGCAUUCGCACCAAGGAACCCCUCAAAGCAUCACAGUUUAUCAUUGAGUAUCUGGGAGAAGUGGUCAGCGAAACAGAGUUCAGGAACCGCACAAUAGAACAGUACCACAAUCAUAGUGACCAUUAUUGCCUCAGCCUGGACAGCGGCAUGGUGAUUGACAGUUACCGAAUGGGCAACGAGGCUCGUUUUAUCAACCAUAGCUGUGACCCCAACUGUGAAAUGCAGAAGUGGUCAGUGAAUGGUGUGUAUCGCAUUGGCCUCUAUGCCCUGAAGGAUAUGCCCGCUGGCACCGAACUGACAUAUGACUACAACUUCCAUUCCUUCAACACAGAGAAGCAGCAAGUGUGCAAGUGCGGUGUGGAGAAGUGCCGGGGCAUCAUUGGGGGCAAGAGCCAGCGAGUGAAUGGGCUGGCCAACAAGGGCGGGCAUCUCGUGCCAUCUCAGCGCAGGCUUGGCCGCUCCAAGGAGAAGAGGAAAUCCAAACACAGGCUGAAAAAGCGGAAGGGCCACUUCCCUGAGGAUCGCAGCGACGCCAUUGGUACUCCCAGCAGGCUGGGCCCCCAGCUGCACAUGAAGCCCAUGUCUAACAGGGAGAGGAAUUUUGUGCUGAAACAUCACGUUUUUCUGGUGCGGAACUGGGAGAAGAUCCGGCAGAGGCACGAGGAGGUGAAGGACAAUCUGCCCCCCGGGAGCCUGUACAGCCGCUGGAGUAGCAUGGGCAGGGACGAUGGCAACAUCAAAUCCGAUGUCUUCAUGACCCAGUUCUCUGCCCUGCAGACCUCACGGUCCGUUCGCACCAGGAGACUGGCGGCCGCAGAGGAGAAUACGGAGGUGGCGCGGGCUGCCCGCCUGGCACACAUCUUUAAAGAGAUUUCUGAUGGUAUUAUAUGCUACAAAGAUUUUUCCAAUCGACCCCUGGCCUCUCCUCUCCUGAGUCUACCCAAUAAGAAAAAAAACCCCCACUACUACGAGAAGGUAUCUGACCCCCUGGACCUAUUGAGUGUGGAGAAGCAGAUCCUCACUGGACACUACAAGACGGUGGAGGCGUUUGACACGGACAUGCUGAAAGUGUUCCGCAAUGCAGAGAAGUACCACGGGCGGAAGUCGCAGGUGGGCAGGGAUGUGUGUCGGCUCCGUAAGGCCUACUAUAGUGCUCGGCACGAGGCUGCGGCUCAGAUCGAUGAAAUAGUGGGUGAGACAGCCAGCGAGGCUGACAGCAGCGAGACAUCCUUGUUUGACAAAGAUGGCGGCCAUGAGAAAGACGAUGACAUUAUCCGCUGCAUCUGUGGCCUCUUCAAGGAUGAAGGGUUAAUGAUUCAGUGUGAAAAAUGCAUGGUGUGGCAGCACUGCGACUGUAUGGGGGUCACCUCUGACGUGGAGCAUUACCUGUGUGAGCAGUGUAACCCCCGGCCUGUCGAUAGGGAGGUUCCCAUGAUCCCCUGUCCCCACUACGCGCAGCCAGGAUUUAUCUACUUUAUUUGCCUGCUGCGGGAUGACCUGCUCCUGCGCCAAGGUGACUGUGUGUAUCUGAUGAGGGACAGUCGUCGGACCCCAGACGGGCAGCCGGUGCGCCAAUCCUACAGGCUCCUCUCUCAUAUUAACCGAGAAAAGCUGGACAUAUUCCGCAUAGAGAAGCUGUGGAAGAACGAGAAGGGGGAGCGCUUUGCCUUUGGGCACCAUUACUUCCGGCCCCAUGAGACGCACCACUCGCCGUCCCGCAAGUUUUAUUACAAUGAGCUCUUCCGGGUUCCCCUCUAUGAGAUUAUCCCCCUAGAGGCUGUGGUUGGUACCUGCUGUGUCCUUGAUCUGUACACCUACUGCAAAGGCAGACCCAAGGGAGUGAAGGAACAGGAUGUGUAUAUAUGUGAUUACCGACUGGAUAAAUCUGCGCAUCUGUUCUACAAAAUCCAUAGGAAUCGCUACACCAUCUGCACCAAAACGUAUGCCUUCGACCACUUCCCCAAGAAGCUCACACCAAAAAGGGACUUUUCGCCUCAUCACGUGCCCGAUAACUACAAGCGGAACGGGGGCAGGUCUGCAUGGAAAUCUGACCGCCCCAAGCAAUCGAGCAGCUGCCUGCACACAGAAGAGGAUCCUCUUCCUACAAUGGCCGACUUACUGACCAAUCCGGAAACUUGCCAGCAGGAGAAUCCCGCCCCCGAGGUGCCAGAAACUGAAAGUCCCUGCUUGGAAGUGAAUGAGCAGGUGGAGGAGAGCAGCAGCACCACCCAGGCCCACCUGUGCUCCACCCAAGAGAGACAGCAGGUACAGAGAGACAAACUCAACCGGAUCCUGCUCCGGCUCCUAGACAAGAUCCCAGGGAAAAAUGCAAUAGAUGUGACCUACCUGCUGGAGGAAGGACCCUGCAGGAAGCUGCGCAGGCGCACCCUAACUCUGCCCGAGUGCAUCUUCAGGAAGUGAGGGCCCGACCCGGCGGACAUAGAAAGAGAGAGAGUGCCGGCUCCGGCAGAGAAACCGCAGGGCGGCUCUGUGAGCCUGUGUGGUGCCUACGCACCGGCCAUUUUGUAUUCUCUUGCAGUGUCUCCUCUUCCAUUGGAUCUGCAAAGCAGCGGUGUUGGUACUGGAGUUAAACUGGGAGAAUUGGCUGCAGCGGCGGCGGGGACCGGCGCUACUAUGGGGAGCGGCUCAGCGGCACCUGAGGGCCCAGAUUCGCAUAUGGAAUUUCUUUGGUUCCUCAGUGCCUUUUAGUUUCACGGCUCCCAGGGGCAAGGAAAGAACGAAACCCCCCCAUUGGUUGGAGUUUGCCAGAUGUGGUCUGUGCGCAAGAGCUUGCCAUUCUCUGCUUUACUGCACACGCGGGGCCCAGGAUAAAUUGCUGCGGGUGCCAAACUGCUCCAGUGUCCCCACCUUCUCGGUAUGGCCUUCCUCUGCCCACACUCACCGCACUUUGUUCCACCUUCAAACUGAUGGCACUCUGAAGCCCCGCCCACGAGGAGCUGCAGUCACAACGUAUGUUCCCAGAGGAACAAGAAAAGCACUUUUCAGCAGAGACACAGCUUCCAGUGCCCACCUCACCUAGCAGGGGGCAAAAACUCCCAGCACCACCUCCCCCAGCAGGGGGCAGCAAAAACUCCCAGCACCACCUCAUGCAAAGAGGGGAAAGUCUAACUCCCCCCUGAAAGCUGAGGCGACUUCCAGAGGAAGGCUCACUGCCCGCCCCCUCGGCCCUCUCAGGGACAGGGGAGUUCAGGGUCCCAAUAACCCCGGGCAGGGGCAACAGGAGUCACAAAACAAAAGCUUGGCAGUUUCUUCUUUUUUUUUAUUCUUCCCCCCCCCCCCCCCUUUUCUACGUCCUGAAAGGAACUGAGAUUGUUUGUGUGCCAAGUGGGGAGGGGGGGUGUAUAUCUGAUAUACAGGGGCGUCUCCUUGGCAUCGGGGCAAAGCAAUACCACUCCCUUUAACUCUUUCCCCGCCGAGGCGACCCCAGCACCGCCGCACUUUGCCUCUCGUUGUAGGCGGGGAAAGGAAAACCCUAAAGACUAUUUUAUUAAGAGAAAAAGCUACAGAAUGUGCAUAUUUUCUUACCGAAAAGCCGGGGGUGCGGUCCCUGCGAGUAUGUGAUACUCCGAGUCCCAGACGGACUGCACUCGCGCCCGGCGGCAGGAACACUACGGGGCAUUCGGAACCUUCGGACUGACGCCGCAGAACCCCAUUGUAAGACAAUCAGAGGAUUGCAGCUCCCUAUAUAUCACUCUAUUUUCUCUGUGCGUGCCUGUGUUCUACUCCCCCUUCCUUUUCUACCCAAUCACAAGAAGGUUUAUAGAAGUGUAAAAGCACUAAUGGCGGCCCGGCCCGGCUGCAUGGAUGGGCGUCGCUCAUGUUCUUUCUGACGAAAAGAUGCUGCUAAGAACUUUCAUUCUCCGAGGAAACAGAAGCAACUUAGAUCUUUGUUUGGUGUUAAUCUCUGUACAUGAUGUAUUACCCACCUAUCUAGCAUUGGAUGUACUUACCUCCCAGCCAAUGGGAGCCUAGUAUUAAACGGCAACCAACCCUCUCCCACCAA